CAGUUCGAGUGUAACAACGGCUUCUGCAUACUUCCUAGCUUGCUGUGCAAUGGUCGAAAUGACUGCCUGGACAAUUCAGAUGAAUGGAGUUGUCCAACAACUACCAUGAACUACUACUGCCCAGCUUACUACUUUCGUUGUCGGUCCAGUGGCUACUGCAUCCCCAACUACUUCUACUGUGACGGUUACAACGAUUGCGGCGACUCGAGUGACGAGAUGUAUUGUAUGUCUCCCGCGAACUACCCCCCAUGCCUACCUACUGAAAUCAAUUGCCCGAACAGUGGCAAGUGCAUUCCGAUUACUUAUUUGUGCGAUAACUACAACGACUGCACUGAUGGCUGGGACGAAAUAAAUUGUCCUUGCCAGCCGCACCAGUACAAGUGUGAGAUAAGUGGGGAGUGUCUGCACCGCAGGUGGCUGUGCGACGGCAUCAGGGACUGUCCACAGGGGGACGAUGAGUCUGCAUCCGUGUGUCCCCCAUGUACAUCGGGUCAGUUUAAAUGCAGGAAGAUUAAUUUGUGCUUGCCCAAUGAAUUCCAGUGCAACGGAGCGAAUGAGUGUUCGGACAUGUCUGAUGAACAAAAUUGCCGGCCAUGCCCUAGCAGCAUGUUUAGAUGUCUGGAUGGAAGGUGCAUAACGAAGAAAUGGCUAUGUGAUGGAUAUGACGAUUGUGGCGAUGCGGAUCGUUCAGAUGAAGAUAAGAGAAAUUGCCUUCUGCCAUGCGGUGCGAACCAGUUCACAUGUCCGUCGGACAGAAAGUGUAUCGACAGCAGGCUUCUGUGCAACGGGGCUUAUGACUGCGAAGACAGAUGGGACGAACAAGGAUGUCGUCAGUUGAUGUUUCCCCAGUGUAGGGCAGACCAAUUCAGAUGCAAGAAAUCAGGGAUGUGCCUACCGAGUGAAGCUCAAUGUAACGGUACAUCCGAAUGCUCCGAUAUGUCCGAUGAACUCAACUGCUGUUAG